AUGUGGUGCUAUGCCGUGCCUCUGCUGCUGCUCGUGGGCGUCAUGUACUUUGCUGGCAGAUCCUCCUCCUCCAUUCGAGUCGAACGACCCAGGGCCGCCACGACCAACAGGCUAAACUGGAACAAAAACACGGCGUUCAAACCGGUGGAGACCACCACUGCGCUGUCGAGAGACAAGGGUAUCAUCAUGUGCAUGCACAACGGAGCAGUCCCCAUGGGGCUUUCGCUUGUGAAGGAGCUGCGCUGUCUCGGCAACCAGGAGCUCAUCCAGGUCUACCACUGCUUCCCCGAGGAAAUGUCGGACCAGUCGGUCACGAUGCUGCUCCAAGCCGACGACAACCUGGAGAUCGUGGACGUGUGUCAAGAUCUCGUAAAGCGCGGCCUCUUGAGCGAGGACAAGGCGAAACAGUUCCGGAGCUGGUGGGUCAAACCACUGGCCAUGUACCACACGGACAUCAAGGAGGUGCUGCUGCUGGACAUCGACGAUAUCUUCAUGCGCGACCCGGCGGUGCUCCGCAUGACUGAGGGCUAUCAACGCACGGGAACGAACUUCUUCUACGACCGGGUGCUUUCCAGCAGCGAGUUCUUCAACCAAAACGUCAACAACGGGACGCAGUAUCUCCAGCAACUUCUUAACGACUUCGACUACGCCAAGUUCGGCCUGCCGCCUGGAGCUUCUCCAUCGGCGCAUCUCAACCCGGAGACGUCGUUCGCAUGGAAACGCCAGACGUCUCACGAACAGGACUCGUCCCUCGUUGCCAUCGACAAAUCUCGGGCUGGCCAAGCUAUCAACGUGCUGUUCUUCCUCAUUACCGAGCAGCGCUUCAUUCGAGAAUUCUCCUAUGGCGACAAGGAGAGUUUCUGGUUGGCGUUUGAGCUGGCCAAGCAAGAGUAUUUCUUCUCGCCGUGGGGAGUGGGGGACAUUUCGUCUUCCACGAACCAGGACAUGGUCAAGCACAGCGACUCUCUAUGCGGCAGUAUCGUUCAGUACAUGCCGGUAGAGGACGAUACGCCCGAGUUCUUGUACGUGAACGGCAAGGCGCUGCUGGAUCCGAUCCCUGGCCCAGUUGAGAUGCUCGGCAAGGUCUCUUACAACGUGCUGUUCAACAUGAGCCCGACGCACCUCACGCCCCGUCAGAAGCGCAGACCGAAUGGCGCUACACGUACGGAUUACAAAGGAGGGUUCCCCAUGGAAUGCCUUGUUGGUUUCGGAGCCGACCCGCUUCCGGAGAAAUUCCUACCUCAACUGCUGCGACGUCGAUUUUUCUACUUUGGCAUCCGGAUGGGUGUGCUUUCUGCGUUAAACCAUUGCUUCCCCGUGGACGGAAUGGAGUAG